UUUGUGCAGAUACAGUGAAUGCAACAGGAGAAGAUGGCUGCGCCCUGUAGAAGGAUGGCGAGUCGGUCUGUCUUACAGUUUCUGUCUAGUUUUAGCAGGACAGCGGUCGGGAACACGGUGACCCGUCCGUUUUCCAGCACUUCAGUUCGUCGGGCAGUUCUGCAGACCAAAGAUGUGACGGACAGAGCGAGUUCUCCGUGGACUUUGAUGGCAGCGGUGUGUCUGCAGAGGCUUCCGGUCAUUACAGCAGACUGCAGCCCCAUAGAGGAGCGGUUCAAACAGUUGUUGCACCAGAUGGAGCAGGAGAGAAGCUUGCUGUCAGACCACGAGCUGCGGCUGCUGGAGGAUGCUGAGAAAAUGAGUCGCAAGCAGGCAGACGACUACGACUCGGACGAAGAGGAUGGCCACAGGGACCAGGACAUCGUGUUGGCUCAGGACCUGGAAGACUCCUGGGAGCAGAAGCUGAAGAGCUUCCAGCCAGCGCUGAGGGUCAAUGCUGAUGUAGAUAAGGAGCUGACCUCACCGGAGCGCUGCCUGGCCAACUCGCUGCUCCUUCUGGCCGAGCAGGAGGUCGGCGGGCAGAAGCUGUGGCUGCUGCCUCAGACUCAGUGGCAGCAGGGAGAAACGCUGCGGCAGACGGCUGAGAGAGCCCUCGCCUCCCUGCCAGCAGCUGGUUUCAAGGCGACUUUCCUCAGCAACGCCCCCUGUGGAGUGUACAAGUACAAACUGCCCAAAGCGUUGCAGACUGAGAACUCGGUCGGAAUAAAGGUGUUCUUCUUCAAAGCCAUUCUGUCAGACAGCGGGCGCUCCGCAGCCCCAAACCCUUCUUUGCUGUGGCUGAAGAAAAGUGAGCUGCAGCGCUACCUGAAGCCAGCGUACAUGAUGAAGGUCGAACGAUUCAUCCUCGAACUGUGAUGCACAAAGACGGGGACGCUGACUGUCAGAACCAUAUUUAUGAUGCUCAGAACGUUACCCUCGUCACUUAUCUGUCGUCCUGUAUCAUGAAAUGCUCUUUCAUUCAAUAUAUGUGUAUAAAUAAAUUGUUUUUCCAAACAAA